UUGCUAAUGGUAUGUUUUCAUGGUCAACUAUGGGAACUAUGGCGGUUGGCGGACGUCUGCGCCCUCGGAGUGCUUUAUUAGUUCUUAUAUAAUUACGUGUGUGAUUUCUAUAUGGAUUAUUUGGCCUUUAAGUGAGAUCGACUUCCAAAGUAGUGUCAGUGUAGGCUGUGCAAUGCUCUUCCUGCACCACAGGCAAGCAGUAAUACACUUAGGAACAUAUCGUGCAUAUCCCGUGGGGACGUCAGUGCUGUGUUUGUGUGCGUAAGAUGAUGGAGUGUGAGUGUGCUAAAGUAUGCAUGAGUAGACCCAGAGCACAUUUGUGGAACAUCAAGGCAAGCUGAUCGGCUGUGCAGCGGAGCAAGAAGGAAAGAAGGACAGUUAAGGAGGCCCAAAAUGAAGGAAGCAAAAAACGCCACGGACGAGUCCAAGGCAUGCAAAGCACGGAUGUGGAGGCUGUUCCCUCACCUCAUGUUGUGUCUGUCGCUGGUCUUUUAUGCCGUGCUGGGAGCACUUUUGUUCCAAUACAUUGAAGGAGGGAGCACGUCCCCCACCAAGGUGGAAUACCAUGACUUCUUGGGACACAUCAUCCGGCGCGUACAGAACCUCACCAAUAACGCCUCCUACACCCACCGAAAUAUUGUGGAGGAACUGGAGCACACGAUGCAAGAUCAAUUCAAAACCACAUGGCUGCAGCUACCUGAGAAGUGGACCUUUGCUGGCUCCCUGUUCUUCUGCUGCACCGUCUUCACAACAGUUGGUUACGGACACAUCUAUCCAGUCACCCUGUCUGGUAAAGUGGCGUGUGUGUUGUAUGCCAUGGUGGGCAUUCCUCUGAUGCUUUUAGUCAUCCUGGACGUUGGAGACUUCCUGGCUAUGCUGAUGUACAGAGCAUAUGUUAGCAUUCAUGCCUUCUUCAAAGUCCUCUGCUCCCACACUUGGCCUUCGCUGAGGGCUCGUAUGAAAGCGAGUGAUUCAAGCCAGUGGACCGUGGAAGACGGUGUCACCGUUUUCAGCCGUGAUGUCGUGGUCCGGGAACUGCUGGACAUGCGGCAAGUGUUGCAGAGUCAAGUGGAUGUGAAGCACAAUUCCAUGCAGCUCCAAAAUAAUAAAGAGAUCUUUGAGAAGAUACUUGCCAGGGAGAAUCUACUUCGAAAGAGCCCCCUUCUGAGGAGCCUCUCCUGUCCAGAACUGAACCGUCUGCCGCCACUUCCCACAGGAUUUGCCAUCUGGGACUUCACAGGGUUGGGGGAUAGUAUGGAACAGCUGAAGGUACCAUUUGUGCUCAUUCUUUUCAUCGUCUUUGCUUACAUUCUACUUGGAGGUUUGAUCAUGCCAAUGUGGGAGAAAGAAUUCACAGGGUUUGAUCCUUACUACUUUUGUUUCAUCACGCUCACCACUAUCGGCUUUGGAGACUUGGUACCUCAUCAUCCCAAGUAUUUCAUGCUCACCUCGCUCUUCAUCAUCGCGGGGAUGGCCAUCAUGUCCAUGGCGUUUAAGCUAAGCCAGACAAGGAUUGUAAGCUGCUACCGCAAGUGCAUCAAGAUCAUCGGCAAGGGAAACGAUGAGACGACGACAAAGUGACCAUGCAUGGUUCCAAACAUACGUUAUGUGGAUGAUUUCUUUGUUGCAACAGUGCAUCUUGACAAUAAUCUCAGGGCUUUGACUCACAACUGGACUGUUCAGGUUUCACAUCUCAUCCAAACAGCUUUGAUUAAAUUCCUUCCCGCCUAUAACGGCUCAUUUGGGGUACUAGACAUGCAUGAAAAAUCAACAAAAUUUCGGAUGCGUCAGGACCAGCCAAUAUUUGAUAUUUUGGUGAUCCGGAACCUGGUAGUAACAGCUGCAUGGCUGCAUGAGUGACUCUGGUUCCUGGAACAUGUUCUGGUUGUGACAUCACAGCCUAAAUGGCGUCGGUUCAGAAAACUCCCUGUCAAAAUCCCCACUUCAUUUCACACCUAUUUCAUAGCUAUUUAUCUAUGACAGCAGUGUGACAAAAAUGCUUUAUUGAGUACUUUGAUUUUGUUACUGUUGUUUUCAAACUUUUGUUGGUGUCGUGAGCACUUUAAGGCUUUUACCUUCUGUGAAGAUGUGACUGUUCCCAAAGACACGAUGCGGCAGUAAGAUCGACCUCCACCACCUUCCUGUUUUCAUUCACAUCAUGUCUUCAGUGAAGGUAAAAGUAUCCUUAAAAGGUCCCUGGCAUGGUACAUGAUUCAUCAACAUUGCAUAAAUAUGUUGUAUAUUGUUUGUAAUUAUGUUCUACAUUGUUGGAUUUUCGAAAGCAAACUGUAAAUUUGCAAAAAUCACGAUGCCAUGACGAGCUACCUCUCGCUGAUGCCAUCGGGGUACUAUCACUCAGGUGCACAAACAUUGGUACGUACGAGACGGAGGAUGUUUACAGUGAUUAUAGCCAAGAUUUCAGUUAACAGUUUUCAAUGAGGCAGAAAUAUUUGGAGAUUAAAAGGAGAACUUGCAGUACAUGGACUAAAGCCUUAAGACAUGGAGGAGAUUGGUCGCCUUCAAAACACAGAAUGGUAAGUGUAAAUUACUCUGGUGUUGCUCAUCCUUCAGUUAACCGGCUUCUUAAUGAGUGUAAAGUGUUUUUUAUAGCCUUUUUGAUUGUAUAUGUGGAUAAAUGUUUGCUGCCAU